UGAGUUGACUGAUCGUAGAUUAUUUUAUGUUCUAAUUAAUUUGUUUUUAAUAAGUUUUCAAUUGUUAACCUAAUGUUUUUGCUUUAGUCAUAAUUUUAGGAUGACAAUGGAAAGAAGAAUUAAGUUAAAGACUUUAAACAGUCACAUUACGUGCAAGAUAUGUCGCGGUUAUUUCAUUGACGCUACCACGGUUACGGAAUGUCUUCAUACGUUCUGCAAAAGUUGCCUAGUAAAACAUUUAGAAGAAAACAACACUUGUCCAACAUGCAAGAUUGUCAUCCACCAAUCUCACCCAUUACAGUAUAUAAGUUUCGAUCGAACCAUGCAAGAUAUUGUUUACAAACUGGUCCCCGACUUGCAAGACAAUGAAAUGAAACGGGAGCGUGACUUCUAUCGAGCAAGGAACCUGCCAUGCCCCAAGGAUGCGGCUCUCGCUGCCGACAAACCAGGGGCUGGAGAUGAACAAGAGCAGCCUGAUAACACAGAUUGUCAUAGAAAGGAUGAACAGGUGAAUGUGUGUCUAGAAUGUAUAUCAUCAUCGCUGCGUACACUGAAGCGUAGCUUUAUCAGGUGUUCAGCCCAGGCAACCAUCACACACCUUAAAAAAUUUGUAGCCAAGAAAGUAUUAACUGGAAUGGAGAAGUAUAGAGAAAUUGAUAUAUUAUGCAAUGAUGAAUUAUUAGGCAAGGACCAUACACUAAAGUUUGUAUAUGUAACACGAUGGAGAUUUCGGGAUCCGCCCUUACGACUGCAGUAUAGACCUAAAAUAGAUUUGUAAAUAGGAUUUAUAAAAUAAUAAUAGUAACAAGUUUUUAUAUCUAUCAGAAUAUAUUUAAUACAAUCACUACAGGAGCUGGCCGGCUAUACGACACAAGACUAGUAGUCAGUAGGGAUGUGAAAUUCUGUUUAAAAAUCGAUUAUUAAUUAAUCGAUCUUUUUUGUAAUAAAUCGGUAAAUAAUCGGUUGAGGGAACCUGAGAGGGAGUUGAGGCCGCCUUUAUGCAGCACGUCCAGCCUAAAAUUAUGAUUAAUCGGUUAUUUUUCCAGUUUUUAGAGUUUUCUUGUAUUCUUUUGACUGGUUAUUUUUAGACCACUAGAAUGAAAAAAAAAAUUUAAAUAAUCUAUUAUAAAUUAAUUGGAUUAUAAAAUUUAUUACUUAAUCGAUUUUAUAUUAAAUAGUAAUCGAAUUUUCCAUAACAGAUUAUUUUUUAUCACAUCCCUAAUAGCCAGCACAUAUCAUAGUCAAGAUUGUUAGUCAGAAAUGUUAACAAAUAAAUAUAAAUCCACUUUUCGACAAAUUAUUUAGAUUGUAAUAAAUUAGUCCAACCUUAAGGACUAGUUUAAUAAUUGCAGAGAACUGCUAUGAUUAAAAUAAUUAAAAUGUUAUUACACUGGUGAUAUGGCAAUGUAAUAAUGUUAAAGACAUCUUAAUGUUAAAGUUAAUUAAACAAUAUUUCUGACUAACAACACUUUCAUAUAAUGUCCAAUUUCCCCGGGUAUUAGUGAUAUUUACCAACAUUCUAUGCUAUUUGAGGGCAAGACUGUAUUAGAAUCUAAUAAAAUUAUAGUGAAUAUCUAAUAUUAUCCAGCGCACUCCCACUACAUUGUGUGAACCAUGUGCACAGUAAGGCACUUGUUUUAUUCAUGCAGUUAGAAUUAUAAUUGUUGUGAUGUUGGAUGGUGGAUGAAUUGGAUGGAAUUAAAACAAAAUUCAAUAAACUUUAAUUAUUACUACUUAAAGUUUAUUGAAUUGCUAAAACUAUAAUAAUUUAAUUGAUUUGGUUAAAUAUCUCUAUGUAUUCAAGUUUAAAUCUUUUAAGUGCAUACAGUCUCCCUUAUAAGAAGUAAUAUGACCUCAGCAUAGUUUGUUAAAUGGGCAAUUACCAAAAAUAGGCUUUCCAUUAAGCAAUUUACGUCACUGAUUUAAAAAUGAACAUUAAAAAAUGACAAAAAAAUAUUUUAAGAGCCAUACACAUAUAACGGCACCGUACUAGCAAUACUAGUUAAUUUCUCAAAUUGGUUCAGGCUAAAUGUCGGCCACAAAAUUCAGACAAAUGUUUACUUUUGUCUUAAACAAAAACUGUCUACCAAACUCUACUAAAGUAUUAUGAGGAAAAAAUAUUAGUAAGAAAAGUUCCUAUACGAUUAUGAAAUAAAGAAAUAUUAUUAAAGUAUUCUCAGUACUUUGAGACAAUUUAAUAAAGUCUACAAUGACAUCAGUAAGUUAAAAAAAUAAUAUAGUUUGACAAUCAUGCUUUUGGUAGUUUAGUAUAAAUAAAUACACUCGCAAGUGUAUUUUUUUUAUAUUAAACAUAGUACCCCGAUUUCACUUGUUUAUACAUAGUUACUUUUUGUCGGUGUCAAGACUAAGUUUGUUCUGUUGACUUUUGACAUACUAAAUGUUAGUCUAAAACUCAUAAGCAAAAGUUAUCGACGAGCCUGUAUAACGGUAAAUUUCUUAGUGGAAAGCCUUAAGAAUACUAUAUUUUAUUGUUCUAAGUGUAAUUUGAAAUGAUCAGUCAAUUUAAUAUUUAUUGUUAGUAUACUUUCACUGCCUCAACAAUUUCCUUACAACAAUCCAUUUCUAUAUGAGUCCUAUUCCAAGGCUUCUCCAAGAAACCUUCCUUCCCAAGAAUCCUUUAGCAAUAUACUGCAGUCAUCCU